UUUUUGGAAAUAUGAAUCUGAGCAAUUUGCUGAUGACAUUGCACACAUUCCAUGGGAUGCAGUUCAGCUAAUGGACUCUGUAGAUGAUAAGUUGAAUGCUUUUAAUGAUUUCUUUUUAACUUGUUUGGAUAGCCACGCACCAGUGAAAACUAUUAUAAAACUGAAUCCCUUUAUCACCGAGGAUAUUAGAAAACUUAUAGCAACUUGGAAAAAUGUUCACAAAAAGGCAAGGAUAUCUAGGCUCAAGGAGGAUUGGUUCAG